AUGACGAGCUACUUGGAUUGGAAGAGCUUCUUGAAUGAAGAAGAGAAGCAGCCUCGUAUUGAUUCAGUGGUGGAGGAGGUUAUCCAGCGGGAGAUCGCUAAAGGGGUGGGCUGCCAGGCUGGCAGCCCACUUGUCGUGGAAGAUCCAGAAGGAGCUGAUCGAGGUGGUCUCGAAUAA